UUCAGACCAGAUAAAUUACUGUUGACUGUUGGCAUCAAAGGUUCUGGUGAUGGUGAUUUCUGCUAUCCACGCGAUUUGAUAACAACAGACGAAGGUGAUGUCAUUAUUGCAGACACCAACAACCAUAGGAUUCAGGUCAUCAACCAAUUCGGUGUCUUCAGAUACAAGUUCGGCAAGAAGGGAAGCAGAGAUGGGGAAUUCAAUGAGCCAACUGGUGUUUCACAACUUCCUAAUAACUAUUUGGUUGUAGCAGAUUCUAAAAAUAAACGCAUCCAAAUUUUUACACCAAAGGGAGUCUUUAAAUCAUCAUUCGCAACAAAGCCGGAUGAAAUUGGCGCCGUUUUUGCAAUCAGUAUUGGUCCGGAGGGUCAUCUUGUUGCGUCCGAGUUUUCGUUAGCCGGAGAGCACUGUAUAAAGAUGUUUCGAUAUAGCCCUUGUGAAUGUCAUGCCAACAGACCACCUUCUAGCAAACGAAGAACUCCAAUUACCUAA